UCCAGUUGGAAGCCAUGGCAAGAGAGUUUAGUUUCACAGCAGAAUUGAACGGUUGCAGUGCGGAGUUCUUUGUUGCUGCGUCGCGUAACAGUGGCCAAAUUGUAAUUUUCUCACUCUGUGUGGUGUGAGAGGAAGUUUAUUGGUUGUUGGCACCCAAAUUCACUUGUUGUGACACCCUUCCUGAGAAUUUCACAAGUGCGGCUCCCCCCAUUGAUUUAACCAUCAUCAUCGUUUUUUGGGGGCUUUUCCACAUCAAGGAAAAAGGAAGCGCGGGAUCAUUCACCUUUUAUUGCCUCAUAUUUUUCUGCGCAAAAGGAUACUUCGUGCGAAUGACCUGAAAAAAAAGUGAGGAUCUAUAGUGUUGUGUUUAGUGUGAAAAUAAAAGAAUUAUAAGUUGUGAGCAUUUGAGAACACAUUUAAGCAUUUCUUGGAUUUAUAUUUUGUAACAUGAUAUAAAAUCUUCUCACGACACGCCUGUUAAUUUGGUUCUCUCGGUGUCAAUUUGUGCAAGCGGAAAGUAAUUCAACAAAAUGUCGCUCGACUGUGGAACAUGGAUAGCCAAAUAUGUGCUGUGCCUGUUCAACUUUAUCUUUUUCAUUCUCGGCACAGUGGUUCUGGGUAUUGGGAUAUGGCUGGCAGCAGACAAAUCAUCAUUUGUUGCUCUCCUAAAAAUGGUGGAGAAUGAACAUCUCGAGCAAUUCACCCAGCCCGCCGUCAUUGAUCAACUAGCCUAUGUCCUCAUAGUUUGCGGAAGUAUAACAUUCCUGCUCAGUUUUUUGGGCUAUUGUGGUGCCAUUCGAGAGAGUAAAUGUCUCCUAACAACGUAUGCAUCUCUAAUGAUCUUGAUCCUCGUGGCGGAAAUCUGUGUGGGGAGCAUUGCAGCCGCCUACAAGGACCGAACAAAGGCUGAGACGAAGGAAUUCCUCCAGUCGACAAUAUCACGAUAUUACUCAACACGAGAGCACACGGAUGCCGUGACCCUCAUGUGGAAUCACAUAAUGGCGCAGAUGUCUUGUUGCGGCGUGAAUGACUACAAAGAUUUCAGUUCAUCGGAAAAUUGGAUGCGUGACCGGGGCAACAGGACAAUCCCGGAGGCAUGUUGUGUGCUCAAUGAUAAAACAUUGCUCGAAUUGAGGGAUCCCAGUUGUCCGUAUUCCCCUUCAGAGUCCAACAGCUACUACAAAAGGGGUUGCUAUGAAGCCGUCCUCGAAUGGAUUCUCUCCCAUCAGACCCUCAUUAUUGGUGUUGGCAUUGGCAUUGGACUCAUUCAGCUUUUGGCAAUUUUCCUCGCAUUCUGCCUCUGCAAAGCCAUCGAUAAAUUCCGAGGAAUGCGACUCUAAAUUUCAUUUUUUUUUCUUUUUCGAGGGAACACAGGGAGGGAAUCGCGAUAUGUGUGUGUGUGAAAGGCGUACAUUUAAUUCACAUGAAUUCACUAAAGAAAAAAUUCUCACCCAUUUCACACAACAACAACAAAAGAAUAAGGAAACUCAUUGUACAAUGUCUUUUUCGUCCUCGACGAUACAUUAUUAAAAAAGAAGGUCCAGAAUCACGUUUUCGAUUGUUGCGAGAGCAUAAAAGACGCAGAAAUGAAGAGGAAAUGUUUAGAAUUAAGAAAAGUAAAAGAAAAUCACGAAAUAAUCUGAAUUAUUAUGUGUAAAGCUGUUUAGAAAGAAAGGCAAUAUAAUUUCUAUCUCAAACA